AUUCUCGAUCCACAUCACUUCAACAGCCAUCAUCACUUUACCGAGCCUAGUAGUUCAGGUCUUGACGGCAAUCGCCUUUUAAAUUUCCAUUCAAAUUCAAGAUGUCUUUCCAGAAGCCCGAGAAGGAUUUCGGCGAGGGCCCUAAGGUCCACAAGAUCCGCAUCACCCUCACCUCCCGCAAGGUUGCCUCCCUCGAGAAGGUCUGCCAGGAGCUGAUCGACCGUGCUCGCUCCAAGUCCCUCCAGGUCAAGGGUCCCGUCCGUCUUCCCACCAAGACCCUCCAGAUCUCCACCCGUAAGACCCCCAACGGUGAGGGUUCCAAGACCUGGGACAAGUUCGAGAUGCGCAUCCACAAGCGUCUCAUCGAUCUCCUCGCCCCCACCGAGACCGUCAAGCAGAUCAUCAUCAACAUCGAGGCCGGUGUUGAGGUUGAGGUCACCAUUGCCGCAUAAAUGCGCUAGGCUGGGCUUGCCGCAGGGAGGGAUCGUGGAUUGGCCAAUUUGGAGUGCACAGCGCGACUUUGGAGUCAGUCCUGGCCCGCAUG